CUCGGGUACAUGCGUGCAUGCCCACGCAGGGAUGCGCUGCACCGGUAGCUAUGGAGAAUUCCGCGCAGGUCCCUGCAUCAUGUGGCUUCCGUUUCCACUCUAUUUAGGUCUGCGGCAGCUGCCCUCCGGCCAGAAGGGGGCGCCGCACAGAGGUCGCGAUAUUCUAACCCGGGCAACGCCUCUCUCUCGGAAGUCCCACCCCUUCCGGAAGUGGUGUGCCAGAGCGUCGCGGAAGUCGGCGGCGUCGGAUAGCAUGGCUGCUGCGGGCCGUGGUGGGUCGCGCCGGCCUGAGGCGGGCAGGAAGCGAGGCGGCGGCCGCGGUGCUCCAGGCGGCGAGCCGGGCGCCCUGAAGCGGCUCCGGUUGGCCGUGGAGGGCUUCGUACGGGCCGCCGAAGCCCCCGGGGGCUACGAGGACCGCGGCGUGGCGCGCGCCGGGCCCGGCGGGAGGAAGAGCCGCAAGGAGCUGCGCAGGGAGAAGCGGCAGCUGAGGAAAGCGCGGCGCCUGCAGAGGACCGCGGGCCUCGGGGACCGGGAGGGGGGCACCGGCCGCAUGCGGGGCCCGGCUAAGGACCUGACGACCUCGGUGACCCCGACUAAGGACCGGAUGACCCCGGAGGCCCGGGCUAAGGACCGCAAGACCCCGGCGACCCGGGCCACGGCUCCGGGUACCCUCGGGAAGCCCCGACCCGCCGGCGCCGCCGCCGCCCGGAAGCGGGCCCUUCUAGCGGCCAACGAGGAGGAGGACCGAGAGAUCCGGAAGCUGGAGCGAUGCCUCGGUCUGAACAAGCGCAGGAAGAAGGGCGACAGCAGCUCGGUGCUGCUCAGCUUUGCCCGGGACGGCUUGGACUACAUCCUGGGAGCCCUGGAGCCCGGGAGAGGCGGCUGCUUGUACGAAAGCAGCGAGGGGGAGGGGGAGGAGGGAGAGGCCGGACAGACCCUCCCCGAGAGUGACCUAGAGAGCAGCUCGGGGGACAGUGAGGACGACUCUGACGCGGGAGCGCAGCCGGAGGACCAGGAGGAUGGAGACCAGCAAAGCGAGGAAGCAGCUGAAUGUGGCGCGCGAGGAAAUAAAGGGACUAAGAGAGUCCGUUUUGCAGAAGCCGUAGAAGAGAGGGAAGGUUCUGCAGAAGAUGACAAAGAGCAUCAGGAGAAUCAGAGUGUUGGAAAUACUGGUGACAAGUACGUCCCACCUCGUGUGAGGGUAGAGGAGACGCUGGAUGUCCACAAGAAGGAAGAGCUGGAAAGACUUAAGAAGCAGGUCAAAGGCCUGAUUAACAGGCUGAGUGAGCCAAACAUGGCGUCUAUAAGUGGACAGAUGGAGGAGCUGUACAUGGCCCACAGCCGGAAGCACAUGAACGACACCCUGACUGCUGCUCUCAUGGGCGCCUGUGUCACUGCCUCAGCCAUGCCCCCCAGGCUGAUGAUGGAACAUGUCCUCUUAGUAAGCGUCCUUCACCACACAGUUGGAAUCGAGGUUGGUGCUUGCUUCUUGGAGGCUGUGGUGAGGAAGUUUGACGAUGUCUAUCGAGAUGGAGGUGAGGGGAAAGAACUGGAUAAUCUGUUUAUCAUUGUGGCCCACUUGUACAACUUCCACGUGGUGCAGUCUCUCCUCAUCUUUGACAUCUUGAAGAAACUCAUUGGAACUUUCACGGAAAAGGACAUUGAGCUGAUCCUAUUGAUGCUGAGAAAUGUGGGCUUCGCCUUGAGAAAAGAUGAUGCCUUGUCACUUAAGGAGCUGAUCACAGAAGCCCAGGCCAAGGCCAGCACAGCAGGCAGCAAAUUUCAAGACCAGACCAGGGUGCGGUUCAUGCUGGAGACACUGCUGGCCCUGAAGAACAAUGAUGUGCGCAAGAUCCCUGGCUGUGACCCUGAGCCUGUGGAGAAGCUCAGGAAGUUGCAGAGGGCGCUGGUUCGCAGUGCUGGCUCAGGUUCCGAGACUCAGCUUCGAAUCUCCUGGGAUGGCAUCUUGAAUGCAGAGCAGACAGGGCGUUGGUGGAUUGUGGGGUCUGCAUGGAGUGGAACCCCGAUGAUCGACAAUAGCCAUCACACACUGCCGCAGAAGCCACUUGCAGGGACGGUUAGCUCCAAGAUCCUAGAGCUUGCCCGGAAGCAGAGAAUGAACACUGACAUCCGGAGGAGCAUAUUUUGCACCAUGAUGACGAGCGAGGACUUCCUGGACGCCUUUGAAAAGUUGUUGAAGCUUGGGCUGAAGGACCAGCAGGAGAGAGAGAUCGUCCACGUCCUCAUGGAUUGCUGCCUACAGGAGAAAACCUACAAUCCUUUCUAUGCUUUCUUGGCUAGCAAGUUCUGCACCUAUGAAAGGAGAUUCCAGAUGACUUUCCAGUUCAGCAUAUGGGACAAAUUUCGGGACUUGGAAAAUUUGCCAGCCACUAAUUUCUCAAAUUUGGUUCGUCUGGUGGCACACUUGUUAAAGACAAAAUCACUUCCGCUUUCCAUUUUAAAGGUAGUUGAAUUCAGUGAAUUGGAUAAACCCAGAGUCCACUUCUUACGGAAAGUAUUAACUGUUCUGUUGAUAGAGGUGGAAGAAGACGACCUGGGUUUAAUUUUUGCCAGGGUAGCUGACAACCCAAAGCUGGGGAUGCUGCGAGAAGGCCUGAAGCUCUUCAUUGGCCACUUCUUAUUGAAGCACGCACAGGCCCACCAGAGUGCAGAGGAAGCCAGCCUUCUGAGGGAGCGGGCAGGCCUUGCAUCAAAAUCUCUGCAGGGCAAAGCCAUGCUGAGGCUGUAGCCCGGGAGAUGUCACUUAUGCACUCAGGCCUGUCAUGACAGUGGGAGGAGUUACGUCGGUCUGUUGUGGUUUAUUGUAUUUUAGGAUGUUUGGGUUUUAAAUUUUUUUUAUGUGAGUGUUUUGCCUCUGUGUGUGUAUGGUGCACCCGUGCAUACCUGGCACCCAAGGCCAGAGGAGGGUGUUAGAGCCCCUGGAACUGACGUUACAGAUGGUUGUGGGCCAUCAUGUGGGUGCUGGGAACUGAAUCGGGGUCUUCUGUAAGAGCAGCCAGUGCUCUUGACUGCUGAGGCAUCUCUCCAGCCCCCUCAGAUGAUUCUGUUUGUUUCAGCUUUGUGUGUAUGGCUAUAGCAGGAGGAAGCAAAGGGGAGAGGAUGGCGCAGAUGCUGGGCAGUGUUCUGUGUGGAGCCCUGGGUGGAUUCUUUGUUGUUUGAUAGAUACAUUAAGCCACUAGGGGGUGCUGUCAUCAUAAAUAGAUACGUUUUUGUCUUUUACAAUGUUGGUUAUAAAUUCAAAAACUGUUAGUAACUGGUGCAUGGGGUCUAGGGACUGUUUUCUAGACAGCUGAGGUUUGGGGUUGGUAUUGGGUCCUUGGCAGGAGCAAAGUGAGAACAUUGGCAGAGCAUGGCUGCUGGGGAAGGAAUUAGCACAGACCUGCUAAAGACUCCUGCCCUGCUCAGCAAGGGCAGGAGACAGUCUGCAGAUAGGAACGGUCUUGGCCGCCAGCAGCUCUGCAGAUUAUGGAUGCUUUUUAUUUUCCAACCUUAGAAUUUGCUUCUCUCCAAAAAGCUGUGGACCUACCUAAUCCUGACCUUCGGUUGUUGUAAUAGAAGUAGAGAGGUUGUAGGUUAGCCCUUCUGUGCAGCACAGUGCUGUCCUGGGCAGGUGGACACAGUGUGGGGGUGCUGAUGCCAUGUGAAUCACCCUUUGUUUCUGGUGCACCUUUGAAUGUUUCAGUGUGACCCUGUAGCACUCAGUGUUUAGAUCACCAUGUGCUUUACACUUUGAGAUGUGCAGGCAGUGUAUUGCUCUUCUCGUUGCUGUGGCAAAUGCCUGGCAAAAGCAGCGUGCAGAAGGGUUGUUCUGGCUCAUGGUUGGAAGGUCCAGUCCAUCAUGGUGAGGAGGUCAUGGCAGCAGGACCUCCAGGCAACCGAGCAUUGCAUCUGUUGUGAGGAAGCAGAGAGAUGAGUGCUGGUGCUGAGCUCACUUUCUCCUGUUUAGUCCAGGACCCCAGUCCUUGGACAGAUGCUCUCACAGACCCGACCACAGUUUUGCCUCCUAGGUGAAUCUAGAUCCUGUUGAGUUGACGGUAUGUAGAGAUUUGGGGGCUGAGGAUACACCUCGGUGGAACACUUGCUUAAACCCCUAGGUUCACACACCACACAAAAUGUGCAUACAUGGAUCUCUUAAAAUGUAUCAUACUGACUGGCUGUCGUGGUGCACACCUUUAAUCCCAGCACUAGGGAGGCAGAGGCAGGCAGUGUUGGAGCAACCGGUGCUUGUGUAUAGAUUUCUUACAGUAAAGGUUAAGAGCUAAUGUAUACAAUCACUAAAAAAAUGGAAUUUCAUCUGUAAAAUAAACUUUAUUUAAAAAUAAACCUCUUUCAGCCAG